AUGCGUCGCCGACAAAGCAUGCAAGUGCUAGAACUCGAGUCCAAAGUCGAACAACUAAUCUCCGAGAAUCGCAUGCUGGCCGAUGCGAAAGCGCAAGCCGAAAACAAUUCGCACCAUCGCGCCGCUGCCACUAUUGCGGAGCGCGAUGCCGUCAUUGAAUCAUUGCGGGCCGACCUGAACUGGAUGAAAAAAGAAAUCCAACGCCUGACCGAAGUGAACGAGGGUCUCAACAGCGCCAAUGCGCAUCUCGCACACCAACACAAUGAAAGAUACGGGCGCUUGGAAAUUGAACAUGCCUCCGCCUCACAAGAGCUAGAACGAUAUCGGGGCACCCGUGGCCAAUACACAAAGGCGCUCCAAGAAAAGGACGCCGAAAUCGAAGAUUUACGUCGACAGUUGGAGGCCACCAAGGAGCAGGUCAGAGAGAUGCAACGACAGAUCCUCGCCAACAAGCCUCCAGAUGCGGGCUUCCUCCGACUCAAGGAUGAGGAUCACUUCGAUCAUCGCUGCCAGCAGCUGUGUGCCCAUGUCCAGCAAUGGGUGCUUCGUUUCUCCAAGUUCUCUGACAUGCGCGCUUGUCGCUUGACCAACGAGAUCAAUGACGAGAAGAUCAUCGACCGUCUCGACAACUCCGUGCUGGAUGGAUCCGAUGUCGAUGACUACCUCGGCGACCGAGUGAAGCGUCGCGAUGUUUUCAUGUCUAUGACUAUGAACAUGAUAUGGGAGUUCGUCUUCACCCGCUACCUCUUCGGUAUGGAUCGUGAGCAACGACAGAAACUCAAGUCGUUGGAGAAACUGCUCUCCGAUGUUGGCCCGCCUCACGCCGUCCGCCAAUGGCGUGCCGUGACAUUGACUCUACUCUCCAAGCGGCCUUCUUUCGGUGACCAACGCAAUGAAGACACGGAAGCUGUGACGCAAGCCAUCAUCCAGACACUCUCCGUCAUCCUGCCGCCUCCUUCCAAUAUGGAGGCACAGAUUAUAUCACAACUCCGCCGUGUCAUGCGUGAGGCCGUGGACUUGUCCAUCGAAAUGCGCACGCAGCGCGCCGAGUACCUGAUGCUGCCUCCGCUGCAGCCCGAAUAUGACGCCAACGGCGAUCUGGCUCAGACAGUUGCCUUCAACGCAUCACUUAUGAAUGAAAGAUCUGGAGGUUCAAGAACCAACGAAGAACUCGAAAGUCAGGGCGCCAUUGUGCGUUCGGUCCUGUUCCCGCUCGUUGUCAAGAAAGGUGAUGACAACGGAGUCGGGGAUGAUGAGAUUGUCGUCUGCCCGGCUCAAGUUCUGAUUGCCAGGGUGCAACGACCCACGAUUCGGAUGGUCACCCCAUCAUCGGACCAUGGCGGUGUGCCAUUGUCGCGAGACGGUACGCCGUCCGUAGCGUCCAAGACCAGUAGCAUGCCCCUGUCGCCUCCCCAUACUUAA